UUGCGCUCCCAGUGUGAUAUGUUUUCAUGCGUAGCCGUCAUCUCCUCGGCAAUGUCGGUGGCUGUCAUAGUAUUAGUCAAUGCGAGAUCAAAGUUUUGAUGUCUGGCUUUCCCUGCGAUUGUAUUUUCGUUACGUUCCCUUCUAUGUGAUGUAAACGUUCAUUUCCGGUAUCCUGUGUGUUGUGUCCUUUGUGUGUGAUCAGACGGUGCCGUUGUUAGUAAGGAGCGAAAGAAUUAUAGCGAAAAAUAACACCACCAAAUAGCGACGAAACGAGGACAGAAUAAGUUCAACUUCCAAAGAGACGAACCCCCUUCUCGGCACGUCGGAGUCGGAGGGUAGUAGGCGCUGGUGCGAGGAAAAGCCUAGAAGGUGCAGCAUACUGCCUGCAAAACGCGAAAGGAAACUAUUGAUACACGAUAGAUCGGAGAAGGCCACACACCAGACGGACAUCAUCAUGGCAGAACGGCGAUCGGGCGGUUCAAGCCGCAACAAUUUCACCGAGGAGAAAAGCUCCGCCGACACGCCGCCAAUGUCACGGUUGUUUAUCAUCUGCAGCAAAAGCGUUACCGAGGAAAAUCUGCGCGAACAUUUCGACAAGUUUGGCGACAUCGAGGAAAUAUGGAUCGUCAAGGAUCGGUCGACGGGCGAAGGAAAAGGUGUUGCCUACAUAAAGUAUGCAAAAACGUCCGACGCGGCCCGUGCGCUCGAGGAGAUGAAUGGGAAAUGCGUCGGGGACAAUACGCGCCCGAUCAAGGUGCUGGUUGCCGCGAACCGGCAGCAAGGUUCGCGCAAGCAGACCGAAAACGAGGAGGAAAAGUAUCUGCGGCUGUUCGUCAUCAUCCCGAAGGACAUGACGGAGGAUGCGCUCCGGGAGGAGUUCGGGAAGUACGGUACGGUCGAUCUGGUCACCAUCAUCCGCGACAAGGUGACGAAGGAGGGCAAAGGGUUCGCGUACGUCAAGUUCGGUCGGUUUCUGCACGCGGCCCAAGCCUUCGAGGGAUGCGAUCCGAAGUAUAAGGCGGUGUUUGCCGAGCCGAAGCCACCGCGCAAUGCGUCCGUUUCCUCCAACGAGAACUUUGGUGGUUUCGUGGGGGGUGGUGGAGGCGGUGGCGGCGGUGGUGGUGGUGGUGGCGGUGGAGUCGGGGGAGGCGGUGGUGGUGCCGGGGCUGGUGUGUUCGGUGGGGCCGUUAACAAUGCGAACGGAUUCGCCGACGACCGCCGAGUUGGGCCGGGUGGCGUCGGAGGAGGUGGUGGCGGGGGUGGUGGAGCUGGUGCCAUGAUGGGUUUUGCCGCGAUGGGUGGAAACGAUAGGCGAUCGGGGGCGGGUGGUGCCGUCGAUAGGUGCGGAGGUGGCAACGAUUUCGGUGCAUUCAGCGGCUAUGGAGCGGGCACAAACAAUGCGAUGGUCCCAAAUGGCAACGAAACGAAGCUAACCGUACUGUGCAGUCCGGUGCUGAAUCAGGACCAGCUGUGGCGCCUUUUCGACAUCAUUCCCGGGCUGGACUAUUGCCAGAUUAACAAUGAUUUCAACAACCGCAACGUGACGGCAACGGUCGUGUACAACAACAGCCAGUCGGCCAUGUACGCACGGGACAAGAUACACGGGCUCGAGUAUCCACCGGGCGAGCGACUGAUCAUACGGCUCGGGCACGAAACGGUCGGUACGAUGGGCGGUGGAGGUGGCGGCGGAGGUGUCGGCGGUGCGGUCGAACCAUUCAACGGAAGUGGUAUGGGUGGCGGUAACCGCGGUGGAGGAAUGCCGGUGGAUCCGACACUGGUGGCACGUGCCGGUGCGCCGCUAACCACGCCUGUUUCUUCCUGUUCCCUCGCCGUAGAUCGUGAGGCGGCAUUCUGCAGCGUGCCGUUGCCACCACCGCAGCCGAUGGCUAGCGCAAAUGCCGAGGUUGCCCAGCGCUGCUUUAUCGUGUGCAUUCCGAAGGCGCUGCCAACGAGCGUGCUGAAGCAGACGUUCUGCCGGUUUGGCGAUCUGAUCGAUGUCUAUCUGCUGCCGAACAAGAACUGCGGCUACGCCAAGUACGCAUCCGAGGAGUCGGCAAAGAAAGCGAUCAAGCUGCUGCACGGUGUGGACAUCUUGAACGUACGAUUGAAGGUAUUGGAAGCCGAAGAACCAAGCAAUGAUCGAAGGAAACGGAUGCGCCACGAUGAGCGCAUGGAAAACGAAUAAUUCACCUAAAGCAAUGGGGCCAAUGCGUGGAAGAUGAGAUGUGUAUACUAACGCGUCUAUAUGCAGAAUUCAUACACUACAUUUUACGCAAAGAAAUGAGACGCACUGAAACAUACCGGUACAGAGAGGAAAAUGAAACGAACUAAACGAGCAUACGAUAAUGGUACUGUUACUGUAGCAUACUUUACUUGAAUAAUAUACCUACAUGAAGGAAAACCCGCGUACCCUCCAGAAGUCCGCUACACUACCAACCUACUAGAACUGGACCUACCCUGUACGUGCACGAAGCAAACGGCUGGACAAGAAAUGUAAGAAAACCGAACGCAGCGUACUGUAACGCAAACCCGGCACGCGAGGACACAUAACAAAAAAAAAUCCGAUUCAUAGAAAAACCACACAGAGAAACAUCCAACAAAGACACGAUGAUGCACGUGUUCCACACUAUUCCAACCAGAAAAGAAACCACAAACCACGUGACGAUGUGCUCCCGUCCUACUGUCACUACUAGCAAAACCCGCCACACACCGACCAUUCCUUCUCACUCUCACAUUCUCUAUCUCCUGCUCUGGACGGAAUCCGAUGAAGGACAA